AGCGCCGCCGUGCCCGCCCCGCCGCCCGCCCCGCCGCCUACCUCGCCCCGCGCCGCCUUCAACUUCAUCGCCGACGUGGUGGAGAAGACGGCGCCCGCUCUGGUCUACGUGGAGAUCGUGGGCAGGCACCCCUUUCUGGGCCGGGAGGUUCCCAUCUCCAACGGUUCGGGCUUCCUGGUGUCCCCUGACGGGCUGAUCGUCACCAACGCGCACGUGGUGGCCAACCGGCGGCGCGUGCGGGUGAAGCUGGCGAGCGGCGAGAUGUACGACGCCGUGGUGCACGACGUGGACCAGGUGGCGGACAUCGCCACCAUCAAGAUCAAGCCCAAGCACCCGCUGCCCACGCUGCCGCUGGGGCGCUCGGCCGAGGUGAGGCAGGGCGAGUUUGUGGUGGCCAUGGGCAGCCCCUUCGCCCUGCAGAAUACCAUCACCUCGGGCAUCGUCAGCUCGGCGCAGCGCGGCAGCCGCGAGCUGGGCCUGGCCGCCACCGACAUGGAGUACAUCCAGACCGACGCUGCCAUCGAUUUUGGGAAUUCUGGGGGCCCCCUCGUCAACCUGGAUGGCGAGGUGAUUGGUGUGAACACCAUGAAGGUGACCUCAGGCAUCUCCUUUGCCAUCCCUUCUGACCGGCUGCGGAAGUUCCUGCAGAAGGAGGAGCAGCGCAAGAGCUCUUGGUUUGGCAAUGCAGAGACGAAGCGCCGGUACAUCGGGGUGAUGAUGCUGACCCUCACUCCCAGCAUCCUGGCAGAGCUGAAGCUGCGUGACCCCACCUUUCCUGACAUCUCCUACGGCGUGCUGAUCCACAAGGUGAUCAUCGGCUCCCCGGCACACCAGGCAGGGCUGAAGGCCGGGGAUGUGGUGCUGGAGAUCAACGGGACGGCGUCGCGGCGCGCCGAGGAUGUGUACGAGGCGGUGCGGACACAGCAGAACCUGGCCCUGCUGGUGCGGCGCGGCUACGACACCCUGCUGGUGAGCGUCGUCCCCGAGGUCACCGAGUAGCAGAGACCGCCCGGCGCUGGCCCGGAGCCGAGGGCAGGACUGAGAUGUGUCCGUGCUGGCCAGGCAGAGAUGGAGAGCUCAUGCAGGGCUGGAAGGGGCCAGGAGAGGGGCCUGUGCUUGGGUGACUUGUGGUGCAGCUGCUCCCCUCUAUACUCAAAUAAAGCACUUUUCUAGCAGC